AUGUUGGAGUCCGCGCUGGAGAAUAUCCUGCUGCAGUACCUGGACUCGCUGCACCUGGGGGUCUUUAGCGGCUCCCUGGAGCUGGACAACCUGAAGGUGCGCCCAGAUGCUCUGGCGAUUCUCGGUUUUCCAGGCUUCCGGGUGCACGCUGGCAGCAUCGAUCGGAUUUCGCUGUCCAUUCCCUGGACCAGGCUCUACACGGGAAAAGUGCGGGCCAUCAUCAAGUGCAUGCGCCUCGAGAUUGAAAGCCUGGCGGAAAGUUGCCAUGGCAAGAGCGAGGAGGAGCUCAUCAAAGAGAUGCGCGCCGCCAAGGAGAAGGCCAUCGACGUCCAGAUGCAGUAUCUCCAGGACUUGAUCGACCGCAGCAAGGACAGCGAGGAUGAGAACGCUGUGAGCGACAAUGCCAGUCUGGGCAUGAACCUCGCGCGGAAGAUCAUCAACAACAUCACCGUAGUUCUGGAGGAUGUACAUAUUGCCUUCAUGAACAGCCAGCGCGGCCUUGCAUGUUGCAUGGACUUGCCCAAUUUGGCCAUCCUCUCGACGGACAAGACCUUUCGCGAGCGGGAGGACGCCGAAGGCGCGGUGGUGCCGGGGCAGUCGAUGUACAAAACGCUGCAGAUGAAGGACUUUAGCGUCCAAAUGUCGCCUGCUGGCACCAAAGACCUGCAGGAGGCGGCCUACGUCCUGAGCCCUGUCAGCGCUAACCUGCAGUUGGCCCACGAGCCCGCGAACAACAUCCUGAAGAUCAAGCUGAUGGUCGCCACAGAAGAGUUGGCGGAGGUUUUUCUCCGGCGGUCUCAGGUGAAGCAUCUGCGCAGCAUCAAGAGCGACCUCAACGAAGAGGCGCGGAAGUUUCACCUGAUGCUCGUCCCAGAGGCGGAUCAGAAGGAGAUCAACCAGGACGCCGGCGAUUCGACCGACGAGUACAGCAAACUGUACGAGCGCUCGAUUGCCGAGGCCUGGCAGAUCAUGUCACCGGACUUGGAGCCGCUGUCGCCGGCAGACGAGCGGCGGAAGCAGUUGCUCGAGGAUGCCCUCUCGGCCCGCCUUCUGGCCCGUGCCCGAUGGAAGGUGGAGCGGAAGGCUGAGGUGCUGAACGAAGAGGUUGUCCGACGCAAGCGCGAGCAGGAGGAGUCGCGCGUGGCAGAGCAGAGGAAGAAGAACGGCAUCCUGGGACGCCUCUGGGGGCGGCAGGAGUCAGAGGUGGAGGUCGAGGAGCCGGAGACUGCACUGCUCUCCGCGGAGGAGAAAGAUCAGUUGCUGACCGACUUGAAGGACGUCAGCAAGGUGGAGCAAGUGGACGUGCCGAAGAAGUUUUCCUUCGAGUUCGUCCUGGGGCAAAUGGCGCUGGAUUUGAUUGACGACCAGCACUCGGACGAGGUUCGACGUCAGCUCAUGAGCCUGGCUUUGCGUGAGGCCGGCAUCAAGCUGGACAUCAACAUGGCAACGGACUUCCGAGGGCGUGACUCUGCGGAGUGGGGGGUGAAGAUCGACCUGAAGUCUUUCCAUGCGCUGCACCAAACGAGGGCCUUCAUGCAGCUGAAGUCCGCGGGCAGUGCGGGAAGCCAGUGGCUCUCCCAGGGAUGCAGUGCCGCCAGCUUUGACAUCCAGAGCAAGCUCCAGAAGGAGCAGAACUUGCUCAAGGUCUCCUUCGAGUUCAUGCCUGUGGAGAUACACCUCCUGGAGGGCAUCGUAGAGAUGGUCUUGGAUUUCUGGCGCGAGCCAACACGUGCAGAGAAUAUGGAGAUCGCACCGGAACCUCAGGAAGAGGAGGAGGAUGCCGAAGAAGUUCAUGAGGGCAUGGAAAUGGCGAAGGAUUGGCUCGAGGCCAAUGCGAAGCAGGCGAAGCAGCUGGCUCAAGCGGCCUACGACCGUAUCCCUGACAAGAUCCAGAUCGAGAACUUCGGACGCCCUGGAGGGAAGGUGCUGAGGGCAGUUUCUGCGAGGGCUGGGGGUCUUGAGAUGACCCUAGACGCACCAGUGUGGAUCUCUGGAGCCCGAAUGAAAACGGCUGGUUGGGUGUUUAUCAGACUGGGAGAUGUCGUCACGAUUCAUGCUGCUGGCGCUGGUGCUGGUGAGUCCAUCAGCCAGCAGCCCAGGAUUAUGAUCGCUUCGCCGAUCCUGCACGUGCCCGUCAAGGGGCCCCUGUGCACGCACUAA